GUGUAAAGUAAAGCGAAAAGGAUACUUGUUUGUUUGGCUAUAGGGAUAACGUUACAUACACGUAAUAUUUUAAUUUAGAAAGAGAAAAGUGACGUGGCGCAGUCGGGUCGAUUUAACCCGGAAUAUAAACCCGUUUUUUGGAGUCGGACCGGAUAAAACGUUAAAGAAGGCGAAAUGUUGCAGUGCUGUGUGGAAUGGCUUCUGUAAACACAGUCUUCUCUCUCGGUUUUCGCUCCCCGGAAAGCCACAAGAGAUCGAUCUGGAAACACGCGGCUGCUUCGAGAACUCGAUGGAGAGCUCCAAUCUUGCGUCGUUCGUUUACAAUUCUCUGCGAAUCGAAGCCCGGGAGCAAUCCGGGAGGCGAUGAUUUCGUGACUAGGGUUUUGAAGGAGAACCCCAGCCAGGUGGAGCCUCGUUACCGAGUUAACGGUAAGCUGUACAGUCCCAAGGAGAGAGAGGGUUUAAGCAAAGGCGGGGAAGGGGGUGCGUUUGAGUUCAUCAAAAGGAAGAGUGAGAAAGAGAAAGAGAAAGUUGAAGAAGUUGUGAAUGAGUCUAAUGUUUAUCUGAGUGAUAUUCUGAGGGAGUACAAGGGGAAGCUCUAUGUCCCGGAGCAAGUCUUUGGGCAAGAGUUAUUAUUAUCAGAGGAAGAGGAGUUUGAGAAGAAUGUGAAGGAGUUACCUAAGAUGAGUUUGGAAGAUUUUAGAAAAGCUAUGGAGAGUGAUAAGGUUAAGCUGCUUACAUCCAAGGAAGAAGCUUCUCGUGUUAGCGGCGGCUUUAGAGAUUUCGUUGUUGAUCUUAAAGAGAUUCCUGGUGUCAAGAGCUUACAGCGAACCAAAUGGUCAAUGAAGCUUGGAGUUGGAGAAGCUCAAGCUCUUCUUAAAGAGUACAGUGGUCCGCAGUACGAAGUAGAAAGUAGUAACAUGAUGACGUCUUGGGUUGGAAGAGUGACGGACUCCCCAAAUUCAGUCGCGUCUUCUAUUUCGAGUAGAGUGAUGGUUGAGCUGGGAAUGGUGACGGCAGUUAUUGCGGCAGCUGCAGCCGUCGUUGGAGGGUUCUUAGCCUCGGCUGUGUUUGCAGUCACUAGUUUCGCCUUUGUCACUACGGUUUAUGUCGUUUGGCCUGUAGUAAAGCCAUUCCUCAAACUGUUUAUAGGCAUCUUCGUCGGUGCUAUUGAGAGAUCAUCGGAGUACAUUGCGGAUGUUCUCGCCGAUGGAGGGAUCUUCUCAAGGAUUUCUGAUUUCUACACAUUUGGUGGUAUGUCAUCAAGCGUUCAGAUUCUCAAACCAAUCCUAUUCGUUGUCAUGACUAUGGUUCUUCUUGUUCGUUUCACACUGUCACGGAGACCGAAGAACUUUAGAAAAUGGGAUUUAUGGCAAGGAAUUGCCUUUUCUCAGUCUAAAGCAGAAGCUCGUGUUGACGGUUCAACCGGCGUUAAAUUUGGUGAUGUUGCAGGGAUUGAUGAAGCAGUUGACGAACUUCAAGAGCUUGUAAAGUACUUGAAGAAUCCGGACCUCUUUGAUAAAAUGGGAAUAAAACCUCCUCAUGGAGUUCUUCUGGAGGGUCCCCCGGGUUGUGGAAAGACACUUGUUGCGAAAGCCAUUGCGGGUGAAGCUGGUGUGCCGUUUUACCAAAUGGCAGGAUCUGAAUUCGUUGAAGUUCUUGUUGGGGUUGGUUCAGCUCGUAUCAGAGAUCUGUUCAAAAGAGCUAAGGUAAACAAGCCGUCCGUUAUUUUCAUCGAUGAAAUCGAUGCCUUAGCAACUCGACGUCAAGGGAUUUUCAAGGAAAACUCAGACCAGUCGUACAAUGCAGCCACUCAAGAAAGAGAAACCACAUUGAACCAGCUACUCAUCGAGCUUGAUGGUUUUGACACCGGCAAAGGUGUGAUUUUCUUGGGUGCCACCAAUCGCAGAGAUUUGUUAGAUCCUGCUCUUCUACGUCCAGGUCGAUUUGAUCGAAAGAUCAGAAUCCGUCCCCCUAAUGCCAAAGGGAGAUUGGAUAUUCUGAAGAUUCACGCCAGCAAAGUUAAAAUGUCAGAUUCUGUUGACUUGUCAUCGUAUGCAAGUAACUUACCAGGAUGGUCAGGAGCAAAACUGGCGCAGUUGGUUCAAGAGGCUGCUCUUGUGGCAGUCAGGAAAACGCACAGCUCGAUUCUCCAAUCAGACAUGGACGACGCUGUUGACCGACUCACUGUUGGUCCAACACGUAUCGGUUUAGAAUUGGGACAUGAAGGUCAGUGUCGUAGAGCCACAACGGAAGUUGGAGUAGCAAUCACUUCACAUCUUUUAUUGCGGUACGAGAAUGCAAAGAUUGAGCGGUGCGAUCGAAUCUCAAUCAUCCCUCGUGGUCAGACACUCUCUCAAGUUGUGUUUGAUCGGCUUGACGAUGAAUCCUACAUGUUUGGUCGUCGUCCACAACUACUUCACCGUCUUCAGGUCUUGCUCGGAGCAAGAGCUGCAGAAGAAGUGAUCUACGGCUCAGAUACUUCAAAGACAUCAGUGGAUUAUCUUGCGGACGCUUCAUGGCUAGCUCGUAAAAUCUUAACCAUAUGGAACUUGGAGAACCCAAUGGUGAUACACGGCGAACCACCACCAUGGAGAAAGAGAGCCCAGUUCGUGGGUCCACGCUUAGACUUCGAAGGAUCUCUCUAUGACGACUAUGACCUCGUCGAACCGCCGAUUAACUUCAACAUGGAUGAUGAAGUUGCAGAGAGAAGUGAACAACUCAUUAGCCAAAUGUAUAACAAAACCGUUGCUCUCCUCAAGCAGAACCAAACGGCUCUUCUGAAAACCGUGAAGGUUUUAUUGAACCAGAAAGAGAUAAGUGGAGAAGCGAUAGAUUACAUACUUGACCAUUACCCUCCUGAGACGCCGUUGAAUUCGCUCUUACAAGAGCAGAGUCCAGGAACUCUUGCUUUUGUCCCUGAGCAUCUCCGCCGUGAAUCCGACGAGUUUGUUCUCGUUAACCACUCUACCGAUGUCAAUGCUUCGGUAUGAUUCCGGUUAUGUCAAACCAAUUAUUUUUUGAGACCGGUUUGUAAUUUUUUUUUUUUUGAUUCUCAAUCUCUGAAGUUUCGGACUGUUACAUCUUUUAGGAAUUAAAAAGAAAAACUAAAAAUUCCGAAGAAAUCGGUUUUCUCGA